AUGAGAAGCAUAAAAGCCGUUGUCGUUGGCGACGGAGGAGUAGGCAAAACCUGUCUCUUGAUCUCGUACACCACCAACACUUUCCCCAAUGAUUACAUCCCCACUGUUUUCGACAACUACUCGGCUUCGGUUAUGGUCGAUGGUGAGCCCAUAAAACUUGGGCUUUGGGACACUGCGGGCCAGGCCGAGUACGACCGUUUGCGCCCGUUGUCGUAUCCGCAAACAGAAAUCUUCUUGUGCUGUUUUUCCGUCAUCAGCCCUACUUCCUUCCAGAAUGUCAAGUCGAAGUGGAUUCCCGAAGUGUUGCAUCACUCGCCCAAGGACAUUUUGAUUUUGCUUGUGGGCACCAAAGCCGACUUGCGUGACGACAUGCAUGUGUUGGACGAUUUGCAAUCGAAAGGUCUAAAACCCAUCACAGAGCAGCAAGGUAAGAAGUUGGCCAAAGAGGUUGGUGCUGUGGACUAUGUUGAAUGUUCAGCUGCUACACAGCAGGGCAUCCAGGAGCUCUUUAAUUAUGCCAUUAAGGCUGUUUUGAACCCGCCCCAUGAACAACACGAACCGGCUGCUCCUGCCCCAAACACGUCCGGAAAAACCACCCAGCUGCCUAAGCCCAAAAGAAAGGUCAAACGGGCAAAGAAAUGCUCUAUUUUGUGA